AUGAGUACUAUAUUAGCUGCAUUUUUUACUAUGCAGUACUGAGUACUGCACUUGGAAGUUUAAUAUUUGGCAAGUUUUAGUGGGUUCGGAAAUUGUCUUUCUUCAGUCAGUGACUGUCAGUCUUCAUUUAUCACGGCUUGGCCAAACAAGUACCGCUUGCUCUUCACAUUCUCCCAAAAUCUGUUUUUAUGAAGGACUUGAAAGUGGCAUCUUUUUACUGUUGCCUUUGCGGUUCACUUCACGAAUCUACAUUCAUCAGACGGCUCAUCGGCAGCAUGGCCACUAAGACUGCGUCGACCUUCACAAGGACUACGAAACUUUAAAAGGCCUAAGGCAACCAGGAAAUUCUGUUCGAACUUAACAAAAUUAAAAACCCCUUAAAAACUUAAGAAAAGUAGAACAGUUUGACAUACGCUAGCUCGACUUCGUAACGGGCCCAUGAUUUCUUUAAUUUAGCGACGGUCGAUGAAUUUCAGUCGACGAAAUGGCGGGUCACCAAUGGCAAUCACUAAGAUCCCACCAAGCGCCAUCUGUGUACAUCCCUGCUGAAAUAGCGAUACCGCAUUGUGUAUACUUAUGCAAAAUACAUAGUUCUGAAGUUAUGUAUACUUAUCUUUCUUGAUUGCUAAUAAGCAUGUUUACGCUCCUUCCCUCCAUUUUACAAGAUUUCCCGAUUGAAUAGGAUCAGCCUUGUGCAACACAAGGAUACAAUGUGAUCUCACCCUCCAUAAAUAGCAAAGGCAGCUCAGCUUGGAGCGCUUAUAAAACGUGCACGCAUGACGCACCAGUCGCACCUACAGGCUCUUAUGCGACUUUCCGUUACUCGUAGCCAGGGAAUUACACAGCAUCAGAAAACAUCACCUCAGUGAGAAGUUAAGAUGGUUAUUCGCAUGCGUUUUGCAAAAUAUUCGCAAUAAGAUUGCAAAGUUAACAGCAGCUUUAACCCUUUGGAAACGAAAAUAGCCACGCAAGAUAAAGUUAUUAAGUUAACGACUGAUAUUGUUUUCCUGUCAACAUACUGUACCUGGGGUUUACUACAGGACAUUAAAUAUUGUUUUGGAAUUCUAAGCACGGGAGCGCACAGUAUGUUUUCAGGUGUUCGUUGACAGUAGAUAUAAUUGUCUGUUACGUUAAAUGUCUAAUUUGCUAUUACGUCAGCGUCAAAACAUUUUGACGUGCGAAUGGUAGCGUCCGCCUUUUGGUGUGGACUUAUUCGUUGUAGUAAAUGAAAACGAGCUGUCCUUGCCUUCCUCAAAUGGCUUCCAAAACAAAAGAUAGCAAAGUAUGCCUGAUAAUUAUCGAUGGAUGGGGAUUAUCUGACGAAAAAAAUGGGAAUGCCGUAGCGAGCGCACAUACUCCAGUUCUAACUGAGUUAUCGAAAGACAAAGAACGUUAUACCACAUUAGAGGCAUCCGGGCUAGCUGUGGGACUUCCGCGUGGUCUGAUGGGGAAUAGCGAAGUCGGUCAUCUGAACAUUGGAGCGGGACGAAUUGUUUUUCAGGAUAUUGUUCGGAUAAGUCUGGACGUCGAAAAUCAUAAAAUUGAACGGAACCUUGAAUUUGUUAAAGCCUGUGAGCGAGCCAAAUUAGCUGGCGGAAGAAUUCACUUUGUUGGCCUGGUGAGCGAUGGCGGAGUGCAUUCGCACAUGGAUCAUCUCUUUGCCCUGCUUGAUGCUGCCAAAAUCAACAAUGUUCAAAAAGCAUUUGUUCAUUGCAUUACUGAUGGCCGUGAUACAAGCCCAACAAGUUCUGUUAGUUACUUAACGGCCUUGUCAGCGAAGAUGAACGAUGCCGCAUAUGGAGAAAUUGCGACCGCCGUCGGAAGAUAUUAUGCAAUGGACCGGGACAAACGCUGGGACCGAAUUAAAGUAGCAUUUAAUGCGUUAUACAAAGGCGAAGGAGAGGUUGUGAAUGAUGUGAAUGGCAUGUUGGAGUUGAUAUCGCGUCAUCAUUCCGCUGCCGAAACGGAGCGUUUGCUAGAUGAAUUUCUAACGCCUAUCGUGAUUCGCGGCGACAAUCGGAUAAAAGACGGCGAUACUGUGAUCUUCUUUAAUUUCCGUUCGGAUAGAAUGCGACAGAUAGUCGAGACUUUUGGCCUAGAAAGAAACUUUCCCACUGAUGUGCACCCGCGGGACCUUUAUAUAGCCUGCAUGACGCAGUACAAUUCAGACUGGAGAUUUCCAUUGCUAUACACCCCAGUAAAAGUGCAGUGCACAUUACCAGACUGGAUAUCGUCCAAGAAUCUAUGGCAGUUUCAUUGUGCAGAAACCGAAAAAUACGCUCAUGUAACGUUCUUCUUCAAUGGUGGAAAAGAAAAACAAGUGAUGCGCGAAGACCGGGUUUUGGUAGAAUCACCGAAAGUUGCAACCUACGACAUGCAGCCAGAAAUGAGCUGCUUUGGUGUUGCUGAUAAAGUGAUUGAUGCUCUUGUAUCAGGAAAAUAUGCUUUCGUCAUGUGCAACCUGGCGCCUCCAGAUAUGGUGGGCCAUACAGGAAACUAUGAGGCAACGGUGAAAGCUGUAGAAGCAACUGACUGUGCCAUUGGAAAAAUCUUCGAAGCUUGCAAAAAGUCCGGUUACGUAUUGGUGAUAACGGCCGAUCAUGGAAAUGCUGAACAGAUGGUUGAGAAAAAUAAUGAGCCUCACACGGCGCACACAACUAACAAAGUGCCUUUCAUUCUGUGCAACACGAAGCGGAAGUUUCGUCAGAUAAAACAUUCAGCAGCUCUGUGUGAUAUUGCUCCGACUAUCCUGGACCUUAUGUGCUUGGAGAAGCCGGCUGAGAUGGGAGGCCAGUCUCUCUUGGAGAGUGGCAAAGGUUGAGCUGGAAACGGAUAUCGUGCAUGAAAUCGCGGUCCUUUUUCUGGUUGUUUCAAAUGUUUGCCUCUUUUUGUAAACAGUGAUCAUUGAAAAGAUUUUCUUCUCGAUGAUGUUAACGAUUUUUGUUCCUGCACGUCGCUUGACUCCAUGGCACAGUCGAGCGAAAGGUUCUAGGAAAAACCAAAGUUAUACUCUGACUCACAGUGUUCCAUAAUGUAAAACAGUACGGCGUCCUCAUCUUCCAGAUCCUCGUCGUCGUCAUUUGUAAAAACUGGUGCUUGGGUAUAAGAAGCCGUAUGAUGCAUGGCAAGAUUAUUGCAAGCU